AACACUAAGGAAAUUUGUUAAGUUGGUAACAAGUUGUCAACACUCUUUGAAUGCUAGAGCAGAGGUUGAAUGUUAUUUCAAUCUUUUAAAAGAAAAGAUUGAGAGUGUUACUGGUACUAUUGAUUUUAAUGAACCGGUUGAAGGUAUUGAAAUUGUUGAUCAUGAAGAAUCCGGCAAAAUCAAGACCUAUUGGAGAGAGGAAUUAUAGGCCUAAGAGUAAUUUAGAGAAGGCUUAUAACAAAGCCAGGGGUCAGUGGUUGAAGAAAAAGUCAGUAUACACUCCUUAUAAAAGAUCUAAAGGUCAAGCAGUAGUUCAGGAAUUGGACGAGAAUGGGUGUCCUAUAUCUUAUGCUAAUUCUUUGGCUGAUCCUAAUGAGUUAAUUGUGAUUGAAGAUCCAAGUGCUCAGGUUUGUAAUAAAAAGACUGCCAUUGUAGAAGAUAUCCCUUCAGAUGAUAGUGUUUCAAAUGACUUUGAACAGGAAUAUGGAUAUAGCUCUAUGCAAUCAAACAUUACUGUUGAUCCAGACAUAUCUUCUAUUGUUAAGGGUAAAACAGCUGCAAUUGCUCAUGAUGUUGAUAAUUUUCCAACAAGUUCUCAAUUGCCACCAAAGAAACCAAGAAAUGUACAAUUUCCCACAGUUGUGCAUGCUCAAAUCAAUGCUCAAGCUCCUUCUAAAGUUUCUAGCAUUGUUCAAAAUCCUCCAAAAGCUCCAAGAAAUGUUCAAGUUCGUUCUAGUGUUCCGAAGAAAGUUCAAGCUCCUUCUAAUGUUCCAAGAAGUACUCAAGGCUGUUCUCGGAAUGUUCAAGUUGAUUCUAGUAUUUCAAGAAAUGUGCAUGAUGUUCCUAAUGUUCCAAGAAGUACUCAAGGAAAUUCAAGGAAUGUGCAAGUUUCUCCUAGUGUUUCAAGGAAUGUUCUACUUUCUCCUAGUGUUUCAAUGAAUGUUCAAGGAUCUCCUACUGUUUCAAGAAGUACUCAAGGAGGUUCUCCACAGAUUUCAACCAAAUAUGAUAGGUUAUUAGCGUUUUUUGAUACUAGUGUGGCUAAGAGAUUGGCUACAAAUGGUAAAUAAGAGAGUAAAUCAAUAUGCAAUUAUGUUUUGGUGUUUAACUA